UCGUUGACAACAGCUCGUAACACGAACGAAGGUUCAUUGGAACAACGGGCUGUUACAAUCAAGCAGCAAAACAACGUGAAGAACUAUCUGUUCAGUGCUUUCUUGCUUCUCGGACUAAGCUUGGGGUCGCAGAGGUAUAGACUAUGUUCAUUUGGUCGUCACUUCACCUGUGCCUUUUAUAAUCGUACAAAGGACAAGACAUUCACAGAACUGACGUCCUACCAAACAUCACAUCAUGGCCAGUCUAGCAGACAAACUUCAGAAGCUUCUGGAGGCCUUGAUCAGCUCAAGGGUCGGAGUAAAACCGUCUCGCCCCCCGACACACUUCUUUCGGAGCAACCCGACCGUAACUUACAACCAGGCGGGUAGUAUGGAGUUCAACACAUGGACAGGGGCUUACGGUGACGUAUUGGGAGAAGGAAAUGAUACUCGUAGGAAAAUUAAGCCAACAAGCAGCGAACUGUCAGCUGACCCUGACCACGUCAGCGGUAAAACAUUAGACACGUCCCAGAGUCUUUCUACAGAAGACAAUACCAGGCAGUACGAUGAACACCUUCAGAAAGGUAACAAGGCUGUACAGAGGGGAGACCUGGACUCGGCAGAGAAGCACUUUGCAUCAGCACUCAGGCUUGUACAUGCCAGAGAUCCUACAGGUGUACAGUAUGAAAAUGAAGUCCUGCCUCUGCACAAGUUGGGCGAUGUCUACUGCAGGCGAGGCUGUCAAACAGGAGACGGGGGAGACUUUGUCAAGGCAGCAGCACUAUACCAUGCAUCACUGGCCAGGUCAAAGGUACACGAUGAGACCCUUAAAAAUGCAAUUAAAGAAACAGAAGUGCUGUUUCUUAAACAUGCCUUAAAGAUAGAUCAGAAAGGGAAUCCACAUGAAACGAAGAAUCACAAGAAACAGCUAAACAAAGUCCGCAAACAAAUCAAGCUAGAAGUAGAAUCACUUUACGAACAGAGGUUCCCCUUUCUUGAUGAUAAUAAGGAGGAGGAACAGAUGUUUGUAACGUUCGUAAAUAUGAUAGAAGCAAAAGAACUUAGAAGAAAGCAAGUGCAUCGGAUGGAAGCCGAUAGGGCUGACUCUGUCAGGCAGUUGUUUGAGAAAAUUACAAAAGGCAGGAAGAAGUUUAUAAUACAGCUAGUAGAUGAGUGUAUCUCAAUAAUGGGUCCCCCUCCUUGUAAGUAUGCCCUGAUAGGUUUGGGUUCACAGGCCGCAGGACUGGUAACUCCGUACUCGGACCUGGAGUUUGCCAUCUUAGUAGACGAGGAAAAAGGAGGAAAUGUCACGUAUUUCCGACGAUUGACUCACUUCCUACACCUCAAGGUGGUCAAUCUGGGAGAAACCAUCCUCCCAGCCUUGGCGAUAAAAAGUCUGAAUGACCCACAUGACAACUGGUACUAUGACUCUGUUACACCACGUGGGUUUGCCUAUGAUGGUUUCAUGCCAAAAGCCAGCAAGACUCCACUGGGCAGGCAAGGAAGUGAACUCAUCCGCACCCCGAAGAACAUGGCUGGUAUCUUAGAAACAGACUUUUCGCUGUACCUGAAGGAAGGGUAUCACCUCUGUAGCGUCCUGAGAAAUGUCUGUUUGAUCACGGGAGAGCAGAGUUUAGUGGAUGACUAUGGCGCCCUUGUGGCCGAAAGACUGCUGACCAGUGGUGGAGAAAUGGCUCAACAACUGGCAAAGCAGACGAUUCGCGAGAAUUUUAAAAACGCGCUAAUUCAAAGACCAACUGCCGUCUUAUUAGAUGUAAAGAAACAAAUCUACCGCUCUCCAUCACUUGCAGUUGACAUUUUGGCACUUAGUUCAAAUAUUGUACCCUCUACGGUUUGGCAAACAAUUGAAGAGAUGGAAACUAAAGAAAUUAUCAGUGCAGAAAAUGCGCACCACCUGAAGGUACUGGUCAGCAUCUCAGCAGAACUCAGGCUCAGAACCUACAUUGAAAAUGGCGGACAGAAGGAGAACUUGUCAGCCUUGUCAACAUUCAAAACAUCGCAACAGAACAGUGAUGAACAGAGCAUUGAAUUACAAAAGGUGUUCCACAUUCCUGAUGUAAACCAGCUGUUCAGAUAUUACUUAACAGCGAUACCUUUAAACCAGUAUCUGUCACAUGAACCAUGUCUCCUCAGUCAAAAUGGCCUGCUGAAUAACAUAACAUUAUUUGAAAACUCACCAUCAGUGAAAGGGGACAUGUACCUCUUGUUAGGAUAUGACAGAGAAGCUCUCAGAUGUUAUGCAAAGGUCCGUCUGGUGGAUGGCCACAUUGAAAUCAAUUCGGGAUCAGCGUUGAAAAACUUGGGAGAUCACACAAGCAUGACAAAGGCAAUCGGCUGCUUCCAAAGAGCACUGCAAAAGUACCGGAAACUUCAUGCACCGACUACUGACCAUCCUGAUAUUGCCAUGUGCUUAGUCAAGCUUGGGUCAGUCUAUUACGACUUGGCUGAUUUUGGGAAGGUAAUUAGUUACUCAGAGAAAGGACUGGCCAUGUACAGGGUAGUUAAUGACCAGGAUACAACAAACUCUGACGUACACUCUGGUAUUACUGAUGCACUAACCUUGCUAGGGUUGUCUUAUGAUAAGCUUGAUAACUACGAGCAAGCACUCCGCCAAUUCGAACAGUUAUUGGAAAUGCAUCAGAAUUUCCAUGAGGGAAAAGCACAUCCCGAUAUUGCCACCGCGUUUCACAACAUAGGUUUAGUUUGGGGCAAUAAGGGUGAGCAUAAGAAAGCCAUCAACUUUCUUGAACAAGGCCUGAAGAUGAGGAAUAUUUUGUAUGGUCAGUAUACAGCUCAUGGCGAUAUAGCGGUAUCUUUAAACAUGCUGGGAGCAACCUUGCAUAAGCUGGGGAAUCCUCAGAAGUCUAUCUAUUACGCAGAGUUAGCGCUGAAAACGUACAGGAUUUUGUAUGGCGAGACGGCAGCACAUCCCUACAUUGCACAUUCACUUAGUAGUCUUUCAACAUCGUGGAAAAAUCUGGACCCAAUGCAGGCAAUCAAGUACGCACAACAGGGAGUGGAUAUGAGAAGAAGACUCCAUACCGACGCACACCCUGACACUGCCGGUGCUCUUGAUAACCUCGGGUCUGCUUGGUGGAUCUCGAAGAAUCAUAAGGAAGCAAUCAGAUGCUACGAAGAAGCGCUGCAAAUUUUACAAACGGUCUAUGGUCCUGAUAAACCGCAUACAACCAUUGCCAAUAGCCUUAAUAACCUGGGGACAGCUUGGUUAGGCCUAGGCAAUCAUCGGAAGGCAAUAGCGUACCUUGAUCAGGCACUGCAGAUGGAAAAAUCCAUUCAUGGUCCAAAUGUAGCACAUCCUAAUAUUUCUAACGGACUCAAUAACAUUGGAUUUGCUUAUCAUAGUUUGGGGGAUUACAGACAAGCCAUUCAGUACUAUGAACAGGCUCUGCAGAUGUACAAAUCUGUGUAUGGUGAAGACACAGCUCAUCCUAAUAUUACUAGCACGGAAAUGAUGUUGGCACGUGCGGCUUCAAAUAAGCCGUGUAGAUGAAAUGAAC